AUGUAUCGCAAAAAGUUUUUAUCUGCUAAAGAACUCGAAGAGUUAUUGAUGAAUCCCAGUUCUGAUGAAGACGAGGAAUUAAAUUUGAAUUUGGAUGCUGCACUUCAUACAAACAUUAUUAUUUUACCUCCAAAAAAUGAUGCUGUUAGUGAUAAUGAGGACAUCGAUGAUAAUGAGCAGCUUUUGGAGGAUAGAAAUGAGUUCCCAAAUGAAUUGGCUGGCGAAGUUGAGCUAGAAUGCAUGUUUGAUGAUUUAAAUUCUCAAAAUCCUGAAAUCAAUGAACCGGAAGUCCAUGUUUCACCAAAUAAACCAAACAGUGCAUCUACAUCCCAAAACGUUGCUUCAACUUCUAAAAAGGAAUUGGCAUGUCUUCCUUAUAAGUUACCGAAGUGGUCAAAAAGCCAUCGUGUUGAAUUUUCAAAAAAACCAACAGACGUAUCAAGUGAAAAUAUACGAGCAAUUUAUGACAAAAUCGGUAAUUUCAAUCCUCUGGAAAUGCUAGAACUAUUUCUAGACAGUGACAUUAUCAAUUUUAUUGUUGACCACACAAACGCCUAUGCUAAUAUAGACAAAAAUAAUCCAACAUUCAAAACGGAUGGCAAUGAAAUACGCAAAUUCAUCGGCAUAAUGUAUUUCUCUGGAUUACAUACAGUGCCCCAAUUGGAUUUGUAUUGGUCUAAUCAACAAGUAUUUGGAUGCGACCUAAUAAAAAAUACAAUGAGUCGAGAUCGGUUCCGGAAAAUAAAGUGCUAUUUACACGUUUGUGACAACAGUAAAAUCGACCCCAGAGAUAAGUUUGCUAAAGUUUCAUUGCUCAACAAUAUGCUAAAUGAAAGAUUUAUGCAGUUUGGAGUAUUUUGCCAUCAUCUUUCAAUUGACGAACAGAUGAUACCAUACUACGGACGCCAUUCUGCAAAAAUGUUCAUCAGAGGAAAACCAAUACGUUUUGGAUAUAAGUAUUGGAAUUUGUGCUCACAUGAUGGUUACUUGUUCCAAUUCAUUCCUUAUGGUGGCGCAAGCACAGUUCGUGAAAAUAGAACUGGAAAAGCAGUGUUGACCGAUCCCAAACAAAUGAAGAAAAAAAGUCGUGGUUCCAUGGAUUUCGCAUUUGAUAAGGAAAAUGAAAUAGCAGCUGUUCGUUGGAACGACAAUUCAAUUGUAACAGUUUUAUCGAAUCAUUUGAUGGACCAACCAAUUAAUCAGGCGAAGCGGUUUGAUCGAAAGCAGAGGAAACAUAUCAACAUUCCAAUGCCAAAUGCAAUUCGUCAAUACAACGUAACGAUGGGUGGAGUUGAUUUAUUCGAUAACGCUACAAGCAACUAUAGGAUACGAAUUCGAGGAAAAAAGUGGUACUGGCCACUUUUAACAAAUGCCCUGGACGCAGUGCUGGUAAAUGCAUGGAAAAUGCAUUGCAUUUGCAAAAAAUUUGCCAAGGAAACAUCAAUGUCGCAACUAGAGUUUAGGACAUUUGUUGUAGAUGCACUGUUGCGAUCGGAAACAAACUCUGAACCUGUGUGUCAAACGGAAGGAAGCCCCAAUGUAGUGGUCCGUUUCGACAGUAUGAAACAUACUGUCAUCAAAACAGAAAAACGUCUCCGAUGUCGCAAGUGUUCCAGCCAAACCAUUUUUUCCUGCAGGAAAUGCAAUAUCCCCCUCCACCCUAAAUGCUUCGAAGAAUACCACACCAAAGCCCUUUCUUUGUAA